UUUUGCCAAUUUUAAUUGCCGUAAUCCGACGAUAAAAGAGUUUCUUUCUUCUCCGAAAGGGAUCACGGAGCAGACUGCGAUUCUGUGUGGGUUGACGAAUCCAUGGGACGAGGUAAUCCAAGAAAUAGCCAUAGCAAAACCAGGAAGACUGCGCAAAGAAGAUCGCGAACAUCAUCAUCAUCGUCUCUGUUUGUAGAGGGCGGCUUAUUAUCCGAUUGGCAGCUCGAUGCUCGAGGAAGAAAUGCAAAUUCUGGGUCGAAAUCAGAUCCACCAAAAGCUUCCGGUUCUAAAAAUAUCUCUCGGAAGCCUAAGACUAGCGCCAAUGCUGUCAGAUACGACUACCCUUCUCUUGAUCUUCAGGAAGGUUUAGGUCAAAAAUCAGUCGUUCAGAGCAGUGAUGCAGAUAAUAAAAUGGAUAAGUCAGAUCGCAUUGUUUUGGUGGAUUCAAAUGAAAUGCAGAUUGUUGCUUACAUGGAUCAAACACCUCCUGCUAAGCCUCCUGAUGUAAAUUAUACGUAUGAAUAUAAUUCAAGCUUUGUGUUAGGGGAUGCCUCUCAUAGGGGUUUGGGUUUUUAUGAUGAAUCUGAGGCUACUCCAAGUGGAAUUGAUUCAUCCUCAAAGCAAAUAGAAGAACAAGAAGGUGCUUGCUCUGGUUUUUCUUCAUCUGAGAAGGAAAUGGAUGCUGAUGAGGGUAAUUGUGCUGAGAUGGAAAAUCAUAUGGAUGAAAGGUUGUUGGCUAAGGCAGUGACUCCAGGGAAAAACUCAGGGUUUCUGUCCAUUGGAGGCAUGAAGUUGUACACCCAAGAUAUGUCUGAUUUGGAAAGUGAUAAGGAUUUUGAUGGAGCAUCUCUAGAUGAUGAAAGCUCUGAGUCAUCUGGCCAACAAGAACUUGAUGGAUUCUCUAAGAGUGAUGAUUCUGAAGCUAUGUCUGAUGGUGAUUCAGAUAUCGAUGAAGAAGUUGCAGAAGAUUACUUAGAAGGGAUUGGUGGGAGCGAUAUUGCUUUGGACACCAAGUGGUUGGUAGGUCAGGCCCUAGAGGAAUCAGAUGAAGAUAGUUCUUCUAGUAGUUGUUCUUUGGAUGAUACUUUAGAGAAGCUAGGUGGGAUUGUUCUCCAGGACGCAUCUAAGGAAUAUGGUAUGCAGAAGGUCAAGUCAAGAAAGGUACGCUCUAGAGGUGCUAGAGAUGUUUGGUCAUCACCUUUGGAUGAUCUAAUGCUACUGAAGGAUUCAAGAACUGUUUCUGCAAAAAAGCAUGUUACCAAGUUUCCUCGGUCUUGGCCUUUAGAGGCACAAAAGAGUAAAACUUCGAGAAGAUAUCCUGGUAACGAUUGUCUAAACAUGGUUAGAUGGGUUGAUAACUUGAUAUGCACUUAUUCUUUAUUGCAAACAUAAUUUUUGGAUCAUUAAUGGGGCAUGAACCUGUUGAUUCAGCUACCUGGUAUCCAUCUAAGUGCCUGCAUAAGAAUAAUGUUUAUGGCAAUUUACAUUUAGAAAUUUCAACCCUUUUUCAUGUAUACAUGAUAUUGCUCCAUUCUUAUUUCAAGGUGUCAUUUCUUUCUUUCCUUCCUUCUUUCUUUCUUUUUUUUCCCCCCCUCAUUUGCUUCUAACACUGAUACCAAAGUAACCACACUUGAGGUAUGAGUUCGGUGCUUUUGUCCACCACAUAUGGUAAGCAAUCAUCUUUUUUAAGAAUAACAAAGAAAUUGAUUUAUGGCACUAGCAUGUAGAAUAGAGAUUGAAGGUGUGCUUCUUUUUUUUUUUCUUUUCUUUUCUUUUCUUUUUUGGUGCUCCUAAUCCUGGUACCACACUUGAGUCAUGAGUUCAACAGUAUAGUCUGCUGUAUACUCUUAACAGUCAGCAUUUUUUAGAAUAACAAAGGAGUUGAGUUGAGGGAACUGAAGGAUUUAGAGGAAAGGGAUGAGAAAUGGAUCAGGUUAGGGUGAGUAAAAGAGUGAGAACAAUAAGGUUCUAAUGAUGUUCUUAAUCAUUAGAACUGUCCCCAAAGAGUCUUAACAACAAUAUUUAUAGGUCCUGUAACCCUACUUAUAAAAAAGAAAUAACAAAAAGUCAUAGCCCUUUAAAAGACCCCUGAAGAGAAGCAUAACCAAAUUUAAAUUCAUAUGAAGACACAUGCUUCUGAACUCUGAAGUGCUGCCACACUUGUCC